UGGCACAUAGGUUCCACCUGAUGUCAUUAUGCUUGACUUCUCGUCUCUUCAUGGAAGCUCCUUCUCUAAACGUUAUCCUUCAAGAUAAACUCCUGGUCUCCCUGAAAGGACUGCAGGCAAGUUCAGCGCAGGUCUUCUGAGACAAUCUUCCUGGGCGGGUACCUCACGCUUUCCGGUCUAGACUACAUUUCCCAGAAGAACUUGCGAAUCCAGCGACCUUUUCUAUUUCUCAGGCAACAUGGCUCCCUGGAAUUGGCACGGUCCGUGGAGGAAGCUUGUCUCCAGGACGUGGGGCCUGCACUCGUGUGGGAGCCUUACCCAGAGACUGCAUGUUGAUCUCGAAGAUUCCUGGCAGGGAUGCAAGGAUGUCGGCUUGGCCCAGCCUGUGCACCAGCAGGAAAACCGGAGGUCGGGGCGCCGUCUUGCCCCAGCGGAUCCGGCUUCAAACUACAUUUCCCAGGAGCGCCCCCCGAGGACCCGGGCUGCCUUUUCACUUGCCUGCGGGACGCUCGGCCUCCGGAGAAGAAGUGCAAAGUGAGCGGCCUAGGUACUGGGUUUCCGACUAGGUUGUUCCGGCUCGUCCCUGGGAGUCUGCAGGAACUGUCUGGCCGGGUCUGGAGUCUCCGCCCUGUCUCUGCUCUUCUCAGAAGGGUCCCCAGAGGAAGGAGGAGGAAUGGCUGUUGGCCAAACCAAAUACAAGGAAAACAGCCCCAAAGAGGACUGAUCCUCUCCUGCAAUACUGACAGUCAUGGCCCAGGACUUAACAUUCCUAAGCCUCAAGUUAUCUCCUUAUUGGAACAAGGGAAAGAGCCCUGGAUGGUUGGCAGAGAGCUGACUAGAGGACUGUGUUCAGAUCUGGAAUCAAUGUGUGAAACCAAGUUAUUAUCUCUAAAAAAGGAAGUUUAUGAAAUAGAAUCAUGCCAGAGGGAGUUAAUGGGACUUACAAAUCAUGGUCUUGAGUACUCCAAUUUUAGAGAUGUUUUGGAAUGUAGAAGCCACUUUGAAAGACAACUAGGGUAUCAAAAUGGGCAUAUCAGCCAAGAAGUACUAACUCAUGAAGCACCUACAUUUAUUCAACAGACAUUCCUUACACCUCAUCAGAUAACUAAAAAUGAAGAAAAACCCUAUGAAUGUAAGAAAUGUAGAAAAGUCUUUAGUCAUAAUUCACAAUUUAUUCAACAUCAGAGAAUUCAUAUUGGUGAGAAAUCUUAUGAAUGUAAAGAGUGUGGGAAAUUUUUUAGUUGUGGCUCACAUGUUACUCGACAUCUUAAAAUUCAUACUGGUGAAAAGCCCUUUGAAUGUAAGGAAUGUGGAAAAGCCUUCAGUUACAGUUCAUACCUUUCUCAACAUCAGAGAAUUCAUACUGGUAAGAAACCCUAUGAAUGUAAGGAAUGUGGAAAGGCCUUUAGUUAUUACUCAAAUCUUAUGGACCAUCAGAGAAUUCACUCUGGUGAAAAGCCCUAUGAAUGUAAAGUAUGUGGGAAAGCCUUUACUAAGAGCUCACAACGUUUUCAACAUGUGCGAGUUCAUACAGGUGAAAAGCCAUAUGAAUGUAAGGAAUGUGGCAGAGCUUUUACUCAGAGCUCAAAGCUUGUUCAGCAUCAGAGAAUUCAUACUGGUGAGAAACCUUAUGAGUGCAAGGAAUGUGGCAAAGCUUUUAGUUAUGCCUCAGCACUUACUAAUCAUCAGAGGAUUCAUACUGGGGAGAAACCCUAUGAUUGUAAGGAAUGUGGGAAGGCUUUUACUCAGAGUUCACAACUUCUUCAUCAUCAGAGAAUUCAUGCUGGUGAGAAACCCUUCGAAUGUCUUCAAUGUGGGAAGGCCUUCACUCAGAACUCCCAACUUCUUCAACAUCAGAGAAUUCAUACAGACGAAAAGCCAUAUGAAUGUAGUGAAUGUGGAAAGGCCUUUAAUAAAUGCUCAAACCUUACUCGACAUCUGCGAAUUCAUACAGGUGAAAAGCUCUAUAACUGUAAAGAAUGUGGAAAGGCAUUUAGUAGUGGUUCGAAUCUCAUUCGUCAUCAGGGAAUUCAUACUGAUGAAUAAUAAAGGUUAAAGCUCUUGUCAUCUUCCUUACACUUUAAACAACAACAAAAAAUAACUAUUUUUUGCUUAUUUUACAUUUUUUAAUUCAGAUGUAAAUUAAGUUUGCCUGUUCCCCCACUCCCAAACCUUAUACUAAUGGCAGUUGUUGAAAUAAUUAUCAUCUCCUUUGUUUUGGUCUAUCUUCUUUGUGAUGUUAUAUUCUUGUUUAUAUAUUUGCUUGUGUUUCAGGGCUGUCUUUUCUUUGAUCUGUAUAUUUGUGCUUACACCAACUUCACCCUGUUAAAUUGUGUGACUUUGUAUUUUUUAAUUCUUUGUUGAAAUUAUAACUUUGUUUUUGAAA